AUGUUCGCGGAGAUAAACCGGCGGACGCUCGCGUUCCGCGGCGGCGGCCUUGUCACCCCCGCGGCGGCCGCCUCGGCGGCGGGGACCGAGGCCUGGGAGCGGCAAGACCCCGAGGCGCUGAACGGGCGCGGGGCGGACGAGGAGGCGGAGCUGGAGGGGCUGGAGGCCGAAGAGCUGGAGGCCACCGCCGCCGAGGAGAAGGAGCUGCUGCUGCCCCAGGACGCGGCGUCGCCCCCCGCCGCCUCCGGCCCCAUGUUCGCUGAGAGGAACCGCCGGACUCUGGCCUUCCGCGGCGGCGGGGGGCUCCUGGCCGCCCACCCCGCCGCCAACAAUGGCUGCGAGGCCGCGGCCUGGCCGCGGAAGCACUUCAAUGGGCGGGGGGCGGACGAGGAGAUGGAGCUGGAGGGCGCGGAGGGACUGGAGACGGAGGGGCUGCUGGAGGGCAAGGAACUGGUCCAGGACGGGGGUUCGCUGAGUGACAGCAGCGACGACGAGGAGGACGGCGAAGGGGGCAGCCUGGGCGACGGCAGCGGCGCCGAGGGCGGCAGCUGCAGCAGCAGCCGGCGGUCGGGGGGCGAUGGCGGGGAUGAGGCGGAGGGCAGCGGCGAGGGGGAGAGCAUCCGGCACUUCCCGCUGGCCAGGCCCAAGUCCCUGCUGCAGAAGCUGCACAUCUCCUUCCAGGGCUCCUGGCUCAAGGAGUUCCCAUGGCUCUACUACUGCCAGGAGACCGGCCUUAUGUCCUGCGCCUGGUGCACCGCGGCCGCCGCCGCUGCUGCGCCCCCCGAGCUGAUCAUGUCCGGCGCGCCCCUGCCCGGGGGGCACGAUGAGCUCUGCAAGGGCACCCGCAACUACAAGCGCACCCUGCUCCUGCGGCACCACCUCUCCGCCGAGCAUCGCCUCAACGAGCCCGGCAGCGCCGAGCAGGAGGCAGAGUUACCAUCAGAACUGAAUAAUGAAGGAUACUGUGAUUUUAACAGCAGGCCAAAUGAAAACUCUUACUGCUAUCAGCUCCUGCAAGAGCUCAACGAGCAGAGAAAGAAAGGCAUUCUUUGUGAUGUUAAUAUUGUGGUGAGUGGGAGGGUCUUCAGAGCUCACAAGAACAUCCUGGUUGCAGGCAGCCGCUUCUUUAAGACUCUGUAUUGCUUUACAAACAAAGAAAGCCGUAACCAAACCACUGUUACCUAUUUAGACGUUGUUGCUGUUCAAGGUUUUUCUGUCAUCUUGGACUUCUUAUAUUCUGGUAACCUCGUGCUUACGAGCCAAAACGCCAUUGAAGUGAUGUCGGUGGCCAGCUACCUUCAGAUGACGGAGGUUGUCCAGUCCUGCCGCAACUUCAUUAAAGAUGCCUUAAACAUAAGUAUAAAAUCGGAAGCUCCAGAGACUGUUGUAGUGGAUUACAACAGAAGAUCUGUUAGCAGGGAUGGUUUAUCUCCAAGGGAUCAAAAAGUUGCCAGCUUCUGGGCAACACGAAACCUUACCAAUCUGGCAAGUAGCAUAAAAACUGAGAAUGAUCCCUACCCUAUUGAUGAGGGCCAAAUGGAAAGCUACCAAAUGAAUGACUGCAGUUGGGUCCAGGACAGCUCACCUGAAAUUGCUGAAAAUGAAUCUCAAGGUGAGGGAAAAGUUUUCGUGUGGAACGACAUGGGUGCACAGGGACAAUCUGUUCAAGAACCUGGAAAAGCAAGAAGGAAAAACCAAACUGCAAAGAGAUUUAUUUAUAAUAUACCACCUAAUACUGAAGAGAACUCUGAAGAUUGCUCAGUGUUGCAACCGUCAGUCCCAUAUCCAGAAGAAGAUUUAUCAUUUAUUAAAGAAGAAGCAGCUACUUCAAGUGACUUCAAGUAUGGACUGUUGCCGGGUACUUCAAAUGACUUCAAGUAUGGAUUGCUACCGGGUACUUCAAGUGACUUCAAGUAUGGGCUGCUACCGGGUACUUCAAGUGAUUUCAAGUAUGGAUUGCUGCCAGAAUCUUGGCCAAAAGAAGCUUGGGAAAAUGGUGAUUCCUCUGCUUUAAUCAUGAACAAGUUGAAGUGUCCACACUGUAAUUAUGUAGCCAAAUACAGAAGAACACUAAAGAGACACUUGCUCAUUCACACAGGCGUGAGAUCUUUCAGUUGUGACAUCUGUGGGAAGCUGUUUACACGAAGAGAACACGUAAAGAGACAUUCCUUGGUGCAUAAAAAGGAUAAAAAGUAUAAGUGUAUGGUGUGUAAGAAGAUUUUCAUGCUAGCAGCCAGCGUUGGAAUAAGACAUGGAUCACGACGUUAUGGAGUUUGCGUAGACUGUGCAGAUAAAUCUCAGCCUGGAGGGCAAGAGGGAGCAGACCAGGUGCAGGACACAGAUUUCCCUAGGGAUGAAGAAUACGAAGAAAAUGAAGUGGGAGAAGGCGAUGAGGAGCUUGGUGAUGAUGUAGAAGAACAGAAUGACCAGUCUCGAUGGGAUGAAGGCGGGGAAGUUUGUAUGCCUUUAGAUGACUGACAGAGCAUAUGACUUCAGGGUGCUGCAAAUGGACACUUACGGAUUGACUGUUUGAAUUUCUGGACUGAAGGCUUGCGAAUUAUGGUACAGGCUGGAUGGUAGUUAUGUUGCUGUGAAAAUGUAGGGUCAAAGCCUUAUAGCAAAAAAGGAUUAUUAAUUUUUUUAUGAUAUUUGCACAGGACUGUACAGCAUACAACCGUUUGGUUGAAUUAUACAGAGUCCUCACAUCUACAGUCAGUUAUCAAAAGAAAAAUGUAUUUUUUAUUAUUUAUAGGCUAUAGCUACUUGGGUCCUAUUCAGACAUAGUAGUAACUGUAAUUAUGUUACACAUUCAUGUAUCUGUUAACAUGAAUGAAGAAAAUUGCAACUCAGUAUGGAAAUACCAAGACAGCUUUCCCAAAUCCACUAGUACUUUUGUCAGUGAGUCAGUGAAGCUAAUUUGAGCUAGUGGCUCAUUUUCCACAAGCAUGUCUUUGCCGUACAAACCUUACCUCUCCUGAAAUCUGAUAGGUGAAAGCCAAUCAUUUAAAUAUGCGUCAUAGAUAUUGCCAACACCGUAUUGAAAUUUGGGUUGAAAACUUUUGGCUCUGUGCUGGCAGGUGCUAUGGGUGAUAAGCACUGGAGAAGUUGAUAAUGGCAUUAAUUUAGUGUCUGUUUUUAAAGAAGGUUGUUGUUGAUUCAUCAGUUUCAAAACGAUAAUGCAGAAGAAAUGACCAGUAAUGAAAAUAAUAGACUGAUCAAAGCAUGGUUAGCUCUUGUGCCACUUAGUCAAAAGAGACAGUCAUGCUGAAAAAUAUCUGAUGUAAUAAUGUUUCUUCCCUCUUCUAAGGCUCCCCUUCUCUCAAAUUUUUUUGGUUUCCCUGGUGUAUACCUCAGUCCCACAGAAUAAAAAUAAAAGGAAUGGAGAAAGUGUCAUAUUAAAACAACUUUUUGGUCAAUAAUUUCUUACUUGUCUGUUUUUUGGCUAGUUUAUGUGAUGUGAAUUGGACACUAGGCUGUUGUGCCCAUUGUUCAUCAUUGAACACAAACUAUUUUUUAUUCUUUUGUACUUCAUGGGUUGUUGUUAGUAUUUAAUGUAAACAAACUACAUUUAACUUGCUCAUUUGCUGGAAUUUUUUUUUUAAGAAAAACAAAAAGUCCAAAGCAAACUAAUGCUCUUUGAGCUGUCUACUUUUCAGGAAGAUAUGCUCCCUGUGCUCUUCGUUUCAGAUUUUCUAGGAGGCAUUGAAACUUGAAUUUUUGUAGCCAUGUAGUUCUCUUUUUUUUUUUCCUAAGUUUGUAAUAUUGUACCAAUGAUUUCAGGCCCCUUUCUUAGGGAGGGGAGGGCAUUACACCUUCACCUUAAACUCCUUUGUGUUGUCUAGCCUAAGGCAAGUGAAUUCAGGCAAUCAUUGGAACAAUACGUCUGAUGUACUAUUAUGUCACAGUGAGUAAAUAUGCAGAGCAUUUGUCAUGACACAUAGCUAGGCCAGUGUGACAGUACUGUAUAAAAAACAAUUGAGGGUCACCAUAUUUUCCAACUUCGUUUAUUUUUAAAAUGAGUAUAUUUUUUCCUAUUUUAUGUCAGGUAACUAAAUUAUGGUAGUUGUGUGGAUAACUUUGAAUUAUGCUUUGAUGGACAAAAUCUUGCUGGUGCUCCAUCUGAUCAAAGUUGGUAUGUAUUUAAAGAGACAAACUUUACUGUUGUCCAUAGAACAAUAGCAUAAUGUUAAGACGUUGUUUUUGCUGAUUGAAACUGAGAUAUGAUGAGUUUGAACUACGGUUAUAUGGGAAUUAAAAUGCUUUUUUUUAUCAUCCACUUGUUUCAUUGGUAGUUUCCACAUCAUUGUAAACCUGACAUGAAUAGUUUUUUUGGGGAGGGUUGGGAGGGUGGGGUACCUUUUUUUACACUGAAGAUUACAUUUUAUUCUCAUUGUUCUAGACUGAAAUGAGUCAUGUGUAAUUCUGGUGGGGUCCAAAGUAGAAAUUAGUUGGGCAAAGAUGAUAAGAAUGAAAAGUAUUUUAAACGUUGAAGUAAUGUUCUGCUUUGUGAAUAUGUAAGUAUAGCAUAAAGAUUUUUCCAUCCCAUUUAUCCCUUUUAAAACCAUAGUUUACAAUUGGUAGAUCUGUCUAUAUAUAAAAAUAUAUAUAUAUAUCUGAAAUUCACCUAAAUCUGCUUUAUUAGAAUACUGCUCACUUAAUGCUUAGAAACUGGACCUGGCUCUACAUUCUUAAUGUAUUUUCCUUUUUUUUUUUUUCCUCUCGUUUUGUUGGGAUUUUUUUCUUCAAGGUAUGAACUUAUUCUCUUGGAACUGAAUCUUCUUUUACUACUUAAAUCAUUUAUGUAUAUCUGGUAAAUUAUGACCAAAUUUGUUGUUAGACUGCAUUACAGUAAAUUGAAAUAUACACUUGGUACACUACAGAA